AUGCCCGCGGAGCUCGUGGGCGCUUCCUACCGCUGCUCCACCUGCGGCCAAGAGCUUGCCGAGGCGGCAUCCCUGCUGCCGGCAUCAGAUUCACGCGUGGUGCCCUGCUCGGGCAUCACAGCUCGCAGCUGCGAAGUUGCCGGCAAAACGACUCUGCAGUUUUCCACCUGCCAAUCCUUCGUCAUCAACCCCUUCCCUCGCCGCUUCGAGCUGGUCUUGGUGGAGAAGAUUGUUGCCAGAGCGGCCUCUGAAAUAGGCCCCGAGGCGAUGCUGGAAAACAGCUGGUUCGAGGGCCAUGCUCAUCGAGUUCUCGUCUGCACCCACUGCGAGGACCACAUUGGUUGGAGCUACAAGGGAAGGCACGGGGACACGAUCUAUGGGUUGGCGCUGAGCGUCUCCAAGUUCUGGGCCUGGCUCUGCCUGUGCGCUUUGCUGCUUUUCGCGGUGUACCAGGUAGCUGCUGGCGGCCAUUUCUUGGUAGCAUCAGCGACACUUCUUAUCGCUCUUCUGAAGUUGUCGCCUCACCUUCUCCUUUGA